AAAUUUUUAAAUUUUAGAGUCUCUAAAUACGCGGGAAACUCAGACUUGAAUAUAUAGCUAUGUAUACUGAUAAAACUGGAUAAUUAAGCGCUUAUUUAAAUUUUUUGGCUUUAAAACCUAAUAUAUUUUAAAACAAGAAGAGUUUAUCUAUAUAUUAAAAAAAAAAUUAGACUUGGGUUACUUUUUUAAGUUUAAAAACAGUGUACAUUAAAUCCUAUUAUUUAGCUAUAAAUAAAUAUAAAAAUGACUGAGUCUCAUAUAACAAAACUAAAAAAAUUAUGUCGAAUAUGCGGAGAAAAACUUGGAAAUCGUAGUGUUCCUUUAACAAAGCAUGUAGUUAGAAUAGAAUUGAAUUUUUUUAUACGAAUCGACGAGGAUGACCCAAAGAUGCACCCACAGAAGAUGUGUUACAGAUGCUUUACAAUAAUGAGAAAAAUAGAAAAAGGUUCAAAUACUGAUCUUAAAUUAAGAACUUGGAUUAGCAAUUGCCAGAAAGAUGAAUGUAUUUGUUUCAAAGUAAAUAAAGGAAGGAAACCAAAGAAAACUGUAAAAGGAAGGCCCUUAUAUAUUGUGAAUGAAGAAAUUUGGACUCGACAAGCAAUAAAUAACAUACAAGCUAAACUUUCAUCUCUACCAAAUUUAAAUCUGAAACUACAAGACAUUAACCAAAAAUUAAACCCACAUGUACAUCUUUGUGUCUGUUAUAUUUGUAAUGGUAUUAUGUAUAAACCAGUUAUUUUAAAAAACUGUCUGCAUUCGUUUUGUGCACCAUGUAUAUUACCACUAAUCAAUGGUAAACUAUUAUUUAAAACAAAAUGCCCUAAAUGCUCCUUUUCAAUUUCAAUUGAUGGAAUAACCUCCUCUAGCAAUGUUAUUGAAAUGAUAAAUAAUAUUCAAGAAGAAUGUAAGCAACAUUGCGGUAGAUUAUUUAAAGUGUCACAACAAUCAGAACGCUUCAACCAUCAAAAUAAUUGUCAGACUCCAAUACCAAUUUCCACAACCUUGUCAACACCCUCAUCACAAACAACUCUAACAGAUAUAUUUGCAUUAAAUUCAACAAGUGUUAUCACAAGGGAUAUUGAUGCUGUUGCACUUCAUAUUAUUAAACAAAAAAUGUUGCAAACAACAUCCAAUGUAAUAGAAUUUCAGACAGAUGGACCAAGGCCUUUAUGCUUCACAUCAACACCAAAAGCCUAUAAAGACAGUAAAGAUGCAACUUUACGAACAGUUCGCAAAUUACAAUCACAGUUAAACGAUUACAUAAGCACAACAUGUGGUGGAAGCAUUAAGUCCAAAAUCAACCAAACCACUACUCUUUUGAAAUCAUUCAAUGAAAAUGAACAAGAAAUUAUUCUAAGUAACUCAAAUAUUUCAAAAACCAAAAUAUCAGCUGAAGAAAUAAUAAGUUUAAAAGCUAACAUGAGCAGUACUUAUGCCAACAUGAAAAUAUUAUCUAGGUGGUUGAAAACCAAGAACAUCAUUUGUGCUUCAAACGCACAACAAAGAAGCCUGGCUAAGAAAUGGUCAUGUGAUGAUCUUAUUAUUGAAAAAGCUCCAUUUAUGGUUGAAAAAAAGGAGUCCAAAGGUUCUUUUGAAAUAAAAGAAUUGCCAUGUGCUUAUAUUAACAAUCUGCAUGGACAUAUAAUAAAUGUGCUAGAUAGAUUAGAAAGCAACAACUUACUAUUGAACAAAAAGAUUAAAGGCAAUGAAAUCCAUAUAAAAAUAGGAGGCGACCAUGGAGGUGGCUCGUUCAAAAUGUGUUACCAAGUAGUGAAUGUAGAGAAACCUAAUGCAAAAACAAACACAACUGUCUUUAACAUAUUUGAAGCAAGUGAUUGUAAAACAAAUCUGAAGUUUUCACUGUCAAGAUUUAAAUCAGAAAUCGAUUUGUUGCAAAAUACCAUUUGGAGAGAAAAACAGAUUCGUGUAUUUUUAUUUGGUGAUUACAAAUUCUUGUGUGCAAUCUAUGGAAUAACUGGUGCAACUGGUAGACACCCAUGCCUGUUUUGCAACAUCACAAGACAAGGAAUGUCAACUCCAAUUAAGGACAACAUUGAAACGCGAUCACUUGAGACACUAGAUUCACAUUUAGAAAAAUAUAAAAAUCAUGGUUCAGAUCCCAAGUUUGCCAAGCUAUGUGAUAAUGUUAUUGACCAAAGGUUAUUUAAUGUGCCACUUGAUCAGAUCGGAAUUCCAGCAUUACACAUCUCACUUGGUACGUAUUUAAAAUUCUUCAACAUGUUAGAAGACUCUUGUCAUACAAUUGAUGUCAAAAUUGCAGGUCGAAUGGCAGUAAAUAACCAAACACUUGAAGACUGUGAAGAGUUUAACAAAUAUAUUGAGAAGCAGCGUCAAAUAAAACAACUUCAGAUAAGUAUUCAGGAUCUUGAAAAUAAAACACGUAUCAUAACAGAAGCACUUGAAACUCACAUAUUAUCUAACCCUGAAAAUGAAGAAUAUAUAAAGUUAGUAUUUGAACCACGCAUAAUUCACUUUGAAGAGAAAAAAAAAGAAAAGAUCUCAGAAUUGGAAAUAAUGAAAGAAACUGACCAUGUAAAGAUGUCAUUUGGUCCACUAGUAAAUAAACUCGACGAGGUACUUAAUUUGUUAGGAGUGCAAAGACAAGCAUACCAUGGGAAAAGUUUUGUUGGUAACCAUGUUAACAAAAGGUAA